UAACUUCACAUCAUCACUAGCUGCUAGAGGACAGGACAGAAAUGGCUGAUACCAUAGCUGACACAAGAAGGCUUUUCAGUAAGCCUCAGAACUUAAACGACGCCUAUGGACCCCCGAGUAAUUUUCUAGAGAUUGACGUGAGCAACCCGGAGACCAUCGGGGUCGGCAGGGGCAGAUACACCACGUAUGAAGUCAGACUGAAGACCAACCUACCCAUCUUCAAGCUGAAGGAGUCUUCUGUACGGAGGCGGUACAGCGACUUUGAGUGGCUCAGAGCGGAGCUGGAGAGGGAGAGCAAGGUGGUCGUCCCUCCUCUCCCAGGAAAAGCUCUUUUCCGACAGCUUCCGUUUCGAGGGGACGAUGGGAUAUUUGAUGACUCUUUCAUCGAGGAGCGGAGACAGGGUCUGGAGCAGUUUCUUAACAAAGUGGCCGGUCACCCUCUAGCUCAGAACGAACGAUGCCUUCACAUGUUUCUACAGGACGAGUCUGUGGACAAGAGCUACACCCCAUCCAAAAUCAGACAAGCCUGAAAGAAAAGACGGCUCUGCUUGGCCUGGUCUAGCUCGGCCCUGCCCAGCUCAGCCCGACAACCCAAAGCUUUCUUCACUGCUCCAGGUUUCUCUCAGACAAUAAACAUUUCAAUGAAAACUCCCCCCUCCCCCCCUCCCCCCCAAAGUUAUAUUGUUCACUGCCUCUUUUAGUUCAAUUAGUGACCCUGAUCUGUGUUUGUUUUCACCUUCUAAUUGGAGUCAAGAAUGUUCGACACAUAACUGUGGUUCAAAGUAAUUUAUAGUAAUUUCUCUUUAUGUCUGGAAAUGCCACUAACAUGGAUAUAUUAUGUAUUUAUCUUUAACUAUGUCUUGAAUAUAUUCAUUUAUAUAGUAACAUUGGAUGAGCGUUUUAUGUAUGCAAAGCUCUCGUAAAGACCCACAGCGUUUUCCAUCAUAUAUAUAUAUAUAUAUAUAUAUCCAAUACUGGCAUGUUGCUCACCAUAACUAUGUUGCAACUAAGCACACACACAUCCACACACACACACACACACACACACGUGCACAUAUAUUUGAUGGGCCUUGACUUACAAAUCACACUUAGUUGAUCCUGUCUUCAAAAGGAAAGACGUGUGUGUGUAUAUCAACCAGCACCUGCCCAGUUAACGCAAUGAUUUUCUAGCAAGAAAGAAGUAAUUUACACAGAGGGAACUGCAGUAUUUCUACUGGCUAUAUGCAUUUCGAGAUUUGUAUACUGCUGUGCCAUUUUUGUUUAUUUUGAAAAUUUUCCAAUAAAAUAGGUGAAAUGUCUCCACGCAUAAUUACAUUUGAUGAUUUGGACUGUUGACCUUUCAAGCUGCACCAACCAUUACAGCUAUCCUAUAUUUAUUAUUACAUUUAUGAUUCAAUAAAUAGCUAAUCUAUCAGCUUCAUUACAUAAACAUUUAGACCUAUGGCUAAUCAGAGAGUUUUUUUUUUAUACAGUCCUGAGUUUUAUUUAGAUUAGAGCAGGCUACUUCUACAGGGAAAUGGGUAGCACUUCAUAGUAAGGGUGAAAAAGCACAUGCUUAAGUAAUGCAUUACCAAUGUAUGACUUGUAAUCAGUUAAUGCAUGAAUUAAUACAGGAUGUAUCAUGAAGAUAAAGUCACUGAGUUUAUUUAAUUAGUUAAAGCUUAAUAGCUCAUCAAUAAAUUAUUUAUUCACAGUUAGCUCAUACAUUUAUUUAUAUGUCACCAAAUGACCUUGAAUCCAGUUAAAUAGAAACUGGUAUUUUGGAUCUAUGCAUUCAAUAAGCAUCCAAGUACCUCUUUAUUUUCAAAUUAGUAUUACAACACGACUUUACUUGAAGGGACACAUGUCAACCAGGUAACUUGUAAUAAUAGCUGUGGUCGCUUUAUUUGGGAGGCCAGUGGCCAUUCUGUUAUAUUAAACAUGUCUGUCUGUUUAGGUGCCAUCUCAAACUUACAAAUGUGAUAUAAAUGAGGACUUUUAAUGUAACUGAAUUCCUGCAAAUAUAGUGGCAUUGAAAUUAAAGUAGAAAUUAUUUUUUAAAUGAACAAUUAAUGAUCCAUAAAGUGGUAACAAAUCACAUAAACUCACAGUGAUUUCAUGUCUUAAUGGUGAGCAACAUGAAUUCCUGCUAUAGCCAACAUUAAAUCAUCAUGAGUCGUACAUUAGUUACUUAAGCACGUGUUCUUUAUCCUUCUGUCACUGAGAAAUCUUUUGAAAUUGAACUUUACAUUGAUAAUAAAAUCAGAUCUGAGAAGAGCA